AUGGGCACCGGUUCGUCGGCACCGGUGUGGGGCAUAGAUGUCUCUCAAGCCGCUCCUGCCUCGAAUAGGUGGUGGUCUGGGCUGGCGUUGGGUGGCAAGCUGUAUGGACUUCCCUGCAACUCUGAGCAUCUGCUGAUAUUUGACAGCUCCAGCACAUCCGAGCCUUUACGAUUCGUGGAUACUCGUCGAAUCGCCACAGGUCAGGGGAAAUGGCGGUCCACCGUAGCCAUAGGCGGCAGCCUCUAUGGGAUCCCUGACCGUGCAGAGGCUUUGCUGGUAUACAACUUCAACUCUGGCAAAGCAUCCGGAGUGGACACCCGAAAGCUCUCACGUGGUCCGCUGAAGUGGCAAUCUGCCGUUGUCUUGGCAGGCAAAAUCUAUGGAAUUCCACAUCAUGCCAGCAAGCUCCUGGUCUAUGACCCACGGAUGGAUGUACUCCUUGGUGUCGACACAACCCAUGUUGCAACUGGCAACUCCAAGUGGCUUGCAGGCCUUAGUCUCGGCGGGAAAAUCCUGGGAGUGCCCUGUAACUCAGAUGCCAUUCUGGUCUACGACCCGCUCACGAAAAGCUGCACCGGAGUCCCCACACACGCUUUUGCCACAGGCCCGUUGAAGUGGCUCUGUGCCGCAGCAGUGGCUGGCAUCAUGUAUGCUGUACCUUGCCACGCUGAGUGCAUUCUGGUCUUCGACCCUGCUACGAAUCGCCUCCGCGGUAUCGACACCACUGCUGUUGCCACUGGGCCAGGAAAGUGGAUCACAACCGCCAUCUGUGCGGGGAAGAUCUACGGCAUCCCGGACCAUGCCAAGACGGUGCUGGUCUUCGACCUGGCCACCGAGGCAGUUUCAGGCAUUGGCAUCGGGCAUUUGUCAGACGUCAAGGGCAAGUGGCAAGCCGCAGCUGUGAUGGGCGGCAAGAUCUAUGCGAUUCCAUACAACGCGCAAGGCAUCCUGGUUAUUGACCCUGUGACAUCAGCAGCCACGACCAUAGAUGUGACGAGCCUGGACUCUGGCACUGGCAAGUGGGGCUUUGCAGCGGCAAUAGGCGGCAAGCUCUGCGGCUUGCCUUGGGAUGCCUCCAACAUUCUCCUUCAUGAGCCCACUGAAGAGGUCGCCAAGGAGGCAUCGCCGAAGGACGAGGCCCGAGAUGCAGAUACCACCCACCAGGAGCCAGGAUUGCAAAUGGCCCAAGACGUCGAGGAAACCGGGUGCACCGGGACUCCGGACAUCUCCCUGGAGCUCGGGGAGAGCUUGGUGCAGGACUUCUUGGCGGCAUGGCUCAGCGAGUGGAUCUAUUUCGUUGAUCCCGUUAAGCCGUCCACUGUCCCGCUUCUCAAGGUGGGGGGAGAGCCAGUGAAGUUCCAGGUUCUCAGUGUCCUGGAUGAUCCCAUGCAGGGAAGUCCAGCGCGCCUUGCCAUCGUCACCGCGGCACCGCAUGCCACUGAUGCUGUGCUAUAUUUGAUAUUCAAAGGUUCUUCCUUCAUGAACGACUUUGUGGCAAAUGCUUCCGUGGGGCCAGACUAUACGCCCUUUGAUGCCACCUUUUCAGAUCGCACGACCUUCAUCCAUCACGGCGCCCAUCACGCCAUUGCACAGCUGCGGGUUCAGCAGUGGUCGGUGCUGCAGGAGCAGCUGGAGCGUUGCGCCAGUGAUGGAGUGCGUCAGCUCAUCGUUGCUGGUCAUUCUUUGGGUGGGCAGUACGCUUUGGCCUUCAUGCUUCAGGUUUUCCUGGAUCAGGCCAAAGGCGCCCCGGUCCAUCCGUGCCUCAACGAGGCCCGGGCGGUGGCCUUUGGCGCGCCCAUGUGCUAUGGGGCCGCAGAGGGCUUCGACGUGCGCAAGGACUUGGCCGAUUUCAUUCAACAGCGCACCGUGGUGUAUGUCAAUGCGGGCGACCCAGCCCCUAGGCUCUGGUCCGAAAUGGACUUGCAAGAGUUCAUGCGGUACGCUGUUUCCUGGCUGCAGCAGAAGGUCUCGAGCUUCUCAAUGCGCAUCCUGGACUAUGCCGCGGGCGGCUUGGCACAGAAGGCGCAGGAGAUGCUGAAGCGUCCCGACAUUGAGAAACACCUGUUGCGACCGGGAGCCUGCUAUGUCCACCUGUCUCAGGUUCGUGUUUUAGCCAAGGACUUUUUUCUCUGGAGGCCAUUGAGCUAUGCCAGAAUGAACAUUGAGGACCACAGCCUCUCCAAAGGCUAUAUCCCAGCCUUGUGUGCUGCCUUUGAUCCCAUCGCUGCGGGCGGGUUGUGGGAUGAGAACGGGCAGACGCUCGUGGACGAGGCCGGCCACGGCGUGGUCUAA